CCCCCAAAAAAGCUGAGAGUGAGAGGGAGAGGGAGAGGGCGCUAGUGGUGGUGUGUGCGUGAGGAAGGAGACGGGAGGCAAGGCCAGAGCGCAUUUCUUCUUCCCCCUUCCGCCUCUCUCUCAAAGGAGGAGAGGGCUCCGGAGCCGCAGGGCCGCGGGCGAGGGCAGAGUGGCUCCUCCUCCUCCCCCGAAUCAGCAAUUCAAUCCUGCCCUACUAUUAUUAUCCCUCCACCACUCCUCUUUCCCCUAAUCUGAUUGAUUGAUUCCCCUAGAUAUUGAGAACUGAGAACCAAAAAAAAAGGAAUAAAGAUCUCUCCGGUUAUCGAUCUUCGGUGGCUGUGUUGGAUUUUGUUUUGGUUGUUGGCUCUUGAUUUGUGGUUGGAGGGAGGAUUCGUCCAUUCAGAUUCUGCCGCCCAGUGCUGAGUCAUCAUCUCUGCGUUUCCCCCAAGUUGGAUCGAAGGCAUUAGGUGGGAGAUGGAUGUGGAGGGCAAGAUGAAUUUGGAGUAGAUCGGAUCCAAGGACAUGGAGGUGGAGAGCAAGAACCUCAGGCUGGAGGAGCCACUGGCUUCCUCCGAUAUUGACAUGGAUGAGCCCAGCGUUGCUGAGAGUGGCUUAGUGGAUGCCAACAAUGGCAGCUCCAAGGAGAGCACUCUGCCCACCAAGGAUUCCAAGAGCUCAAAGGGCUGUGUGGCCAAGAAGCCGAAAUCGGUGAGCACCGACUUUGGGGAUGAACUGGAUUUGGAGUUUGGGAUUGGAGAGAGAGAGUGUGGUAGGCAGCAGGACAGGAAGCUAUCUAGGCAUGAUCGGGUUGAGCUGAGCCGGUCGUUCCAGCGUGCAGUGAGCUCUCAUGAUUGGGAGAGCGCUGAUGGGCUGGUAGGGAAGGCUGAUGCACAGGGACUCAACGAUGUGCUCUGUGUGGCGGUUGAUGCUAUUUGGUUCUUGAGCGAUAAGGAAGAGCUGCAUGCAGUUGUGGCGUUGAUCAGGAGGAUUGUGUCAGAGGGUGCAAAUGAUUUCACACGUGCUGCAUUGCGGACGUCGUUCCUUGCAUCUUGUGUGUCGGCAUGCAGGGGUCGGACGACUAGCCUUGCAGAUGCUGUGAGCUUCAUGGGUCAAAAGUUGCAUGAACGGCUUCAAGAAUCCCAUGGUGAUGAGGUAUUGAAGGCAGAAGCAAGUGCCAAGGUACAUAAGUUCACAGAAUGGGCUCUGAAGUGCAUUGGAUUACAUUCACGUGUGCGGGAGAGUAAGGGCAGAGGAAACCAUGGCACAAUCAUUGAGGUUCAACUUCAGCUAUCUGCUUUCAAGACGUUCUUGGAUCUCGCUGAUAAUGACCUGACUGGAAAAGAUUUCACUGAGGCUUUUGAUGCUGCAUGCUUUCCUCUUACACUAUUCUCAAGCACCUUUGACCAAGGAUGGGCAUCAGGGAUCUCGGCAUCUGCAAUACAAGGGCUUUUAGAGUUGUUGGUAGAGGGUGGUGCCGACAAUGUGAACCAAUGCUUUCUUGAAGCUGCACGCUAUGGAAGCACUGAACUUGUCCGCAUCUUACUUCAGAUUGCUCAAAGGAACAGCUUGGACAUUGAUGUGGAUCUGGCCCUUGGCUUCGCUGCCCACUAUGGGAAACUCGAAACCAUGGGAUGUUUAGUUGAGGAAGGUAAUUCUGUUGCCUUCCUUGGGCCUUUAAUGCGGGCAGCUGAACGUGGAUGCCUUGAAGUUGUUGAAUGGUUCGUCAACCGUGGAUGUCGGGACAUGGAGCUUUGCCUAGCCCUUACUGCUGCCACCUCCAGUAGCCAGGUUGCAGUUGCUGCCUAUCUCCUGCCUCUAGUCCCACAACUUGUUCUUGCCCCCCUCAGUAUCGAGAUUCUCAAGGCUGCUGGUGAGAGGAGCACAGGUUCCCUGCAGGGUGUGGAUUUUCUUCUCCGCUCGAACUUCCUCAAUGACCCAGCUGCCACAUACGCUGUGGCAGACAGCAUAGCAAGAUCCGCUGAUGAGGCUGUGGAUGCAAAGCUUAGGUCUUUCAUGCUUGAGCAAUGGUCAGAGGCAGCAUUCUCCGAGGGGUUUGCAUCUGCGCAAGAGCAUUUUGUUAACAUUACAAGGAUAAUGCAAAGGGGCGAGUCACCAGUGCUCCUGAGGAAGCUCCCUAUUCAGCUGGUGAUUGCCAUGGCCUACCUGCCACUGUACAGGGAAUGUUUGGAGUCAGGUGGGCGGCUGUUGCCGCAGAGACUAAGAGGUCAGCUUGUUGAGGCUGCAGGCAGGUUGGAGGGCAGACAACUGGACAGGGGUAGCCAAGGCAGAGAGCUCUUGGCCAUCUUGGAGCACCACCUACCACGUUUCUUGGUUCAGACUUGAAGAUCAGCUUUGACUCAUCACAUUUGCAUCAGCAUCGGCAUCGGUUGCCGCAAGAAAGUAACAAGAGCAUUGCACCCACCAUCUUCAUCUUAUCCCCAGUGCCGUCGCCAUGUUCCUGCUUGCCGACAUCCGGGAUGGUAGCACCCUGAGAGCUCGUCCCUGACUCUCCUGGAGGCGCUCGCUCUUCGGAGAGUAUAUAAUUUUGGGACAAAGCGUUUGUGUGCCUUCUUGUGCGAGGCUGAGUAUUUAUUGCGGUCUUAAAACCUUGCAGAAAAUGGUAUAAACUCUGAGAAAGUUUUCCUGUAACCAUACAUCAUGGGAUAGUCAUCUGUAAUCUUGGCUUCGCAGACAUGAAACUAAAUGAAAGAUGGCUCCUGUCAUUGGCUCUGCCAAUCUCUAUGUCA